UCCCUGUUCCUGUUCCUGCUCCUCCCAGCUCAAAGAUGGCAGCCAUGGGACAGAGACGAGAGACGACACGAAUUUAGGAGUUUUGUCCUGAAACCUCAUUGAGGUGUACGGCUGUUACAUGCGUGGUUUUAACAUGACAGCGAUAUAAUUCUUCUUUGCCAAUUGGUCGUUAUACAAAGACAGGUAAAGGUUUCAGGGAUAUCAUGUUUUCCUGUGGGCUAAGCUAGCAAGCAACGAUUAGCAAAUAAAUGAACUUGCCUCUUCUACCAUACAAGAAGAAAGCAGCUGCUCUGUACACGGUGUAUUGACAUAUUGCAAGCUCAAUUUCAUCAUGGCCAUCACUCAGUUCCGUCUCUUCAAGAUCUGCACAUGUCUAGCCAGCUUCCUUUCUUUCUUCAAAAGGUUGAUAUGCAGGAGUGGAAGAGGCCGCAAGCUCAGUGGUGAUCAAAUAACUCUCCCGACAACAGUGGACUUUUCAUCAUCCGUACCAAAACAGCCCGAGGUUGAAGAAUGGAGCUCCUGGGAUGAAGACGGCCCUACAAGCAUUAAGAUCGAAGGUGGCAACGGAAACGUUUCACCUACAGCCAACGACAUGGACCAAGAGCCCGACUACUUCAAAGACAUGGCUCCCACCAUCAGGAAAACACAGAAGAUAGUGCUGAAGAAAAGGGAGCCUCUGAACUACCUGGUGCCUGAUGGCUCAGCAGGUUUCUCCAGCAGACUGGCAGCCUCUCAGGAUAUGAUGUCCUUCAGUCCUCCCUCAGCUGAACUGGGAGAAAUGGACAACUGGCAAGAGAACGCAAACGCCUGGGAGGACGAGUCCAACGCUGCCUGGGAGGCGGAGGAGGUGCUUAGACAACAGAAGAUGGCUGAGAGGGAAAAGCGGACCAUGGAGCAGCAGAGGAAGAAGCUGGAGAAAGACGCUCAGAGGAUGAUUAAGAAGGACCAGAAGAUUGCCGUCAAGCUCUCGUAACAUUUUAGAAAUGCUCAAUUUUGAGCCAGAAAGGGAAAGGGAGGGGGGGUGGAGCAAAGACACUGAAUCAAUCGUCACUCUGUCUUUAAAGUCAUCAUGCCGACCAGGAUUACAUCCCUACUUAGAAAACUGUCCUCCACCCCGUCUCCACCAGCAGCCAUUUUAGUCUGUUUCCCCUGUCGCAGCAGUGUAAAACACAUCAUUCUCGAGGGCAGAAAACACACCUGGUGUUCUCCCUCUUCAUGUGGCCAAGGUCAUUUAAGGAAAAGCUGUAUUUAUACAUCCCAGUUCAUCCUAGGUUAAACGUUAGAUACAGCUUUAGAAGGUACCAUUUAGAUUCUGGAUAGAUCUGUCGGGUAGUGUAGAAAAAUGCUUUUUUUUCUCAAGGAACAUUUGUAAAUAAACAGGUAUCUGUACUACCUUUUGAAACUCAAACGGGGAGUACACUUCCCUUUCUUUUGUCUUAUUUAUAACUUCAAAAGGACGAAGGAGUGUCAUUAAUUUUAAGCAUCACUGAACACCGGUGACUGCUCAUGGUUUGCUUGAUUAUUGUGUUUUUAUAUUUAUGUAUUUCUUUGUCUGAUUUUUUUUUUUGUUUCUAAUGGAUGUUGCUUGAUAUCUCACCCUGUGCUGUACGUCCCUGAGUACACUGGACAUCUGCAAUAAAAUGAAGGUUUUCAGUAUGAAUAAGAAUAAUUGACCAUAGACUAAAAUAUAGCCCAACUUUAAUGUCAGCUGUGGGUUCCUAUGGUAAUCUCAUGGCUACUGAUCUGCCACAUUUCCCUUUGUUUGUUGGUUUUUGAUCUAGACGGAACAUUUCCAGUGAUCGCUGCAAUGCUUUGUUAUUUUUUCAGGGGGUGUGAAUGUUACUUUGCUCUUAAACUGGAUACCCUCACUGCACAGUCGCUGUUGCCAUCACAGU